AUGCGCCUCUUCGUGAACGGCACCCUGGCGUCGUACCCGAACCUCCAGCAGCUGGCACAGGGCGGAGACCGCCGGGAGCUGCUGCAGGCCUGGAUUUCCUCGGGGGAGAACCUGUCAGCCGCGGAGGCCACCAUGUCUCUCACGAAGUCGUCGUCCUUGACCGGGACCAAAGCGCGCAAGGUAGACUCGAUCAUAGCCCGCGGCGGCGGCAUCGAGGAUGAGGACGCCCCCGGCGUCCUCGAAGAGACCCGCUACUGGGUGCUGUCGCACCAGACGCGGGUCGACUGCACCGCCACGGCGACCGAGCAGCAGGUGCGGGUCAACAUGCGGCCCAGCGCUGCUGCGGUGGGCGCCAUGCUCACGGAGGACGAGCCCUGCCAGAUCCGCGCCACGCCUACUGCCCAGCAGGCUAGCCUCUCUGGCGACGUCUUGCGCGCGCACGAUGCCUACAACGAAGCGCUGGCGGCUGCUGUAGGCCCGAAGUCGGCUGCCGCCAAGUCCCGCCAGAGCGGCAAGGCUGAGAAGAGGCCCAUAAGCGAGCUGAGCUUCAAGACCCCGAAGGAGAAGCUGACUAGGUUCAGCCGCGUGACUGUCAAGAAGGACCUGAAGGAUGUCGCCGGCAUCCUCAUGGACAUGCCGUCGGAGGGCACGGCGGACCUCAUCCAGCAGCUCAUGGCGAGCCAGUCCAGCCUCAAGGACCUGGUGAAGCGGCUGAGUGGCCUGGACACGUUCGAGCAGAUCAACCCGAUCUGCGCAGAGAUUGCCUUGGCUGCUGACAGCCUCCGGCUGGUGAAGGGCAAGGCCAAGGGCCUCAUGGCUGAGCUUAAGAGACGCUAG